UAUUGCGUUUUGUCUAGACGCGAUAAAUUGAUCCCGGAAGUGCUCACUGUCGAUGCCAGUACUCCUGCUCCGCAAGAGGAGUACGUGGAGUCAGCAGGGGAGCCUGCCUGCCGCGUGUGGACCCACGAAUGUCUGGACGUGGAAAGAAAAAUGUGGUGGCUGCAAAACCUGCAGUUCUAUCAAGAAAAACAAAGUCAGCGAAGGCUGGUCUGCAAUUCCCAGUGGGUCGUGUCCACCGGCUUCUCAAAAGAGGGAACUAUGCUGAGAGAAUAGGUUCUGGUGCUCCAGUUUACCUGGCGGCCGUGCUGGAAUAUCUGACUGCUGAGAUAUUGGAACUGUCAGGAAAUGCUGCUCGUGAAAACAAGAAAAGCAGGAUUGGGCCACGACACAUCCAGUUGGCCGUGAGGAAUGAUGAAGAGCUGAACAAGCUGUUUGCCGAUGUGACUAUUGCUGAAGGAGGAGUUAUGCCCAACAUCCUUUCCCAGCUUCUUCCCAAGAAAACUCUUAAAGAUCCUUUACCAAGAGGGGAUGCUACUGCUUCCCAGGAAGAAUCCAGUAACCACUGAUUUACUCCUGCCUUUCCUUUGACUCAUGUUUAUCAAUGCUCUGUAUGUGCUAAUACUGUUAAAUAUUACUCAGGGUGAUUGCUUUAAUGUUUGUGUGUCUUUUAGAUGUUUGUAAUAAACUUUCUAGAAUUCA